AAGAGGAGGGUUUGUACGGAAGGAGAAGCAGAGGGAGGGGUUUACUGAGUUCACUGAGUGUUAGAGCUGUCUGGGCCGCACAGUGCGACAUAAUCUGAGACCAUUAGGUUUUUCCAGUGACUGUAAAGAGGUGUGUGUUCAUAAGGAGUAAGAGGUUGAAUAGUUUUCAGUUUGCCACCUGAAGUGCCUUUGCAGUAUUCCUCAACAAACAGCAAAGAUGCAGCGUAUGGAGGAUGAAAAGCCAAAGAAGAAGGUGACGUUGUACCUUCUCUACUGUGUUUCAACAGCUGUCAUUGGCUCGCUGCAGUUUGGUUACAACACUGGGGUCAUCAAUGCACCUGAGGAGAAACUGCGAACAUUCUUCUCCAACGUGUCUAUGGAGCGAUAUGGAGAGCCCUUCAGCCCUGAAUCCAUCACCAUGGUGUGGAGCUUUGCAGUGGCUGUAUUCAGUGUGGGAGGCAUGAUAGGGUCCUUCUCUGUUGGAGCCAUAGUCAACAAAUUUGGCAGGCGAAAAUCCAUGUUAUUAAAUAAUGUCCUAGCUCUGGUGGGUGGAGGUCUUAUGGGACUGUCCAGCCUGAGUCGAUCGUUUGAGAUGGUCAUCAUUGGGCGCUUGAUUAUCGGUGUGUUUUGUGGUUUGUGCACGGGACUCACUCCCAUGUAUGUUGGAGAGGUCUCUCCCACCGCUGUUCGAGGAGCGUUUGGCACUCUGCAUCAGCUGGGUGUUGUCAUUGGCAUCCUGGUGGCACAGAUCUUUGGUCUGGAGUUCCUGCUGGGGUCCUCUGAACUGUGGCCUCUUCUGCUGGCUCUGACCAUCUUGCCUGCUGUGCUGCAGAGCAUCAUGCUGCCCUUCUGCCCCGAGAGCCCCCGCUACCUCCUCAUUGUCCUCAACCAGGAGGAGGAAGCGAGGAAAGCACUUGUGCGUCUGCGUGGUCAUGAGGACGUGAGUGAAGAUAUUCAGGAGAUGAAAGAAGAAGGCAUGAAAAUGGCCAUGGAAAAGAAAGUGACCAUCCUUGAACUCUUCCGCUCUCCAAAGUACCGUCAACCAAUCAUUAUUGCCAUUGUUCUGCAGCUCUCUCAGCAGCUGUCUGGCAUCAACGCUGUGUUUUACUACUCUACAGGUAUAUUUAAAACUGCUGGUGUAACUCAGCCAAUCUACGCCACAAUAGGAGCUGGAGUGGUCAACACUGUGUUCACAGUUGUCUCUCUCUUCUUGGUUGAACGGGCGGGGCGAAGGACAUUACAUCUUGUUGGUUUGGCUGGAAUGGCAGUCUGUGCCCUCAUAAUGACCAUCUCACUUUCUCUUGUGGAGACCAACAAGUCUCUAAGCUACCUGGCCAUAAUUGCGGUGUUUGGCUUUGUUGCUAGUUUUGAGAUGGGUCCAGGUCCCAUUCCAUGGUUCAUCGUAGCUGAGCUCUUCUCCCAGGGGCCCCGACCUGCUGCUAUGGCCAUUGCUGGUUUCUCCAACUGGACGGCCAAUUUCCUGGUGGGACUGGGUUUCCCGAAACUAGCGGAACUUUGUAAGAGUUAUGUCUUCAUUAUCUUCAUGGUCCUCCUCAUCAUUUUCUUCAUCUUUACAUAUCUGCGAGUGCCUGAGACCAAAGGACGGACCUUUGAUGACAUUGCUCAGGGAUUUGCUGCAUCUGAAAAAUCUGCCAGCUCCCCGCCACCAGACGAAGUGGUCGUGGGCUUACCUGAGAGUAAAGAACCUAUACCCAUAUCUCCCACAGAAAAAGUUCCCAUGGUGGAUCUUCCUCCAGAAAAGCAGUGAAAUAUUUAAGGAAGAUUCAGGGUACAACAGAGAUAACAGGUUUCAAGCACAUAGAUAUUAUAUAGAGUUUAUUUAACUCAAAUGAUGAAAAGAGCAGCUUAACGUCACAGGGUCAGUUUAGAACAGGCCAAUUCAGUGUCUUAAUGCCUGUAAGAGGAUUUUAGUUUUUUAAUAUAUGUUUAUAGCAUGCCUUUUAAAAAUGAAAUUCAGUGUUUUAUGAAGAUCCUCUAAGUAAUUGUGUUUUACAAAUUCUGAAAAAUUUGACCAAACAGCAUCUAAGUGUACCUUCAAUGUGAGCCAAACUUAACUUACUUAAUGUUUGUUGACAUUUAAAGUGCAAGCUUCAUGCAUAUUACCACAUAAGAGGAUCAACAUAUGUUCAGUGUUAAGACUCAAGCCCUGAGCUACCCCCAGUGUUAAAAGGCUCUAGGAUUUGGGGUUUUAAGUAUUGAGGUCAAGCUUGAAAAGCCGGUUUUGGAGCAUGGUGGCUUGACCCAAAAAGCCUGACUCCGUCCUGUCAGUCUGAAUAGGUCCCAGAGGAGGGGAGCCAUGUUGUCUUGGGUAGAUACAAUAAACAUGGAGGAGAUGCUAUUCGAGUCCCUCUCAGCUUCAGGUACACUAAAAUUCUCACUACUGAUUUUAAAUAUAUUUAUGUGUGACAAAGAUUAUAGUGUACAAAAGUUUGCUUCUCACCCUAUAAUACAAUAGUGUGAUGUCAGCAGGACUCAUGCUGAUAAAGAAGUAACACAAGGACAGUUAGAUAUGAGCUCAGUCUGCACCAAAAAAAAUAUUUAUAUGAAAAGUUAGAUAAGGUAUAGUCAAGCACCUCCAAGCCUUAACAAAGCUACAGGAUUAAUGUUCUUUAAAGCACAACUUAACCUCUUGUGUUUAAUUGUUUCAGGGCAGGGUACAGCCAGGAUGACAGAAUCACUCCUGUUGUAGUGCUAUAGUUUGCACAGUACAUUACAACAUGUAUAUGAGUACAUGUAGUGUUUUGAUACUCCACAAUUCAGGUUUCUAGUUAAGUUACUGUACAAGGCAUUGAAAAUUAUUUUUUCCAUUUUUGUACUUGAAAUUCUCCUGAAAAGAAAGUGUCACUAUUCGCAGGAAAGGCUACAUCAUAGGCCAUGAAAUAAAACAUCUUCACCUCUUUUAAACGGUGUUACAUCAAAUAAAAGGUUUGCAUCUGUGUUUAAUGCUUGAGGUAUGUGUAGAAACGCAUUUUGGGCUGAUGAAUAAAAAUAUAUUUCAACUGGAAGAAAUGGAGGCAUUGAGUACAACACUAAAUGAGUACGUUUUGUGAUCUUGCGUAAUUAUUUCUAAGUGUUUGACAUCGUGUAUAUAUUGUAGAAUUUCCCAUUUUUAUUGUUAUGAUCAGCUUUGUCUGCACAAUACACAUGCUUACAAAUGUGGGUCCAUGUUUGUAUAGUUGCAUCUUGUCAAUGUGCGCACAAUGGUAAGGAAGCACUUUGCAAUAUUUGAGUGUUUCACUUGCAUUUGCAGUCUGCCUUCUAUCUACUGAUAGUUUGUAUUGUAUGUUACUCUUACAUGUAAAUAUAUGAUGUGUUUGGUAGUAGUUUCUCUGCUACAGGGCAUCACAUCCAUGUUUUUCUUGCACUCUAGCCAAACUGUUACUAUGGUGAAUGUCACUUUAUUGCUUUGCAGUUCUCCACAGUGUUAUGUGUGUCGUUAAUAUGUAUAUUUUUGCCCUUGUAAUGCUUUUUUGUUGUUGUUGGGAAUACAGAAGCAAGAAGUGAUGAGAGUUGUGUGAAUUGAUCUAUACUCUUUAUGUUAUAGGGCUCCUCUGCUGCUAUAACAAUAUGAGACAAUGCUUUGAGAGACGUAAAGGAAAUAAAGUUCUCUAUCUAUGAAGGGAAAGUCUUACUUUAAUUAUGAGUGAAAUCAGAGCUCUUCAGCCUCUGUAAUCCUCAGAGUCAAACAAAGUUUGUUGGCAUAAAUGUUUAAUGUGCUUGUGCCUCCUAAAAUGAAAGCAUGAGACUUG